GAAUACGACGCAUAACAUUAUUAGAAAGCGCGCGCGGUACGCCGUACGCGCGGUACUGCCGUUUAGACCGUUUAGACUUAGUUCUAUAGCCUUGUUUUAGGUUUAAGGUAUCUUGGUAUUGCCUUGACCUAACAACCAAACAGCCUCUACUCAGCGGCAACUAUCAGUUAACAUUUUUUCAAUGACAUACCCUGAUUCCAAUUUGUUUGUAGGUGCAUGAUUGCUGCGAGAUUGUAAAUGAUUUAUUGAAUUCGAUUUGGUGAAUACCGUUUUUUUCCUGACCUUCUCUGGAGCUGUAUAACAAGAUAAAAUGGCUGAAACUGGUGGAGGUGAUCCAAAGGAAGAAAAGAACAAGGAUGCCCCAGGAGGAGACGAGCACAUCAACCUGAAGGUGAUGGGGCAGGACGGCUCUUCAGUCUUCUUCAAGAUAAAGCGACACACUCCAUUUCGGAAACUGAUGACGGCCUACUGUAAUCGUGUGAACAUGUCUCUGCACGCGGUGCGGUUCCGGUUCGACGGCGAGCCGGUGAGGGAGGUGGACACGCCCCAGACCAUGUCCAUGGAGGACGGCGACGCCAUCGAGGUGUUCCAGCAGCAGACCGGCGGACGGCGCCGGCCACCGACCGGCUCCGGGUCGUGAUACCGCCCACCGGGCACCAGCCAAACUCGGCUCGGGGACUUCCUUCGCGUAAGUGGCCGAGUCGCCCGGAAGACGUGCUAUCGCCCAGCCAGAGACCGGGCAGCGGUGGAGACAGUUGCGCUCGCUGCCGCCGCCGGUCGGGGAGUGCAGUCCGAGUUCCGCGCAGUGGCGCCGAGACCGGACUCGGUGUGCUCGGGUCGGCCGGGAGGGUGCAGUGCAGCGCUCGGAGCCGGUGCGGCCACGGCGGUCUGCGCCAGCCGGUAGCCGGUGGACGGCACUUGUCCGCGCGCCGGCGCUCUCAUCAUCGUCAUCAUCGCUCAGCGCGCCGCCGGGUGCCGCAUGUUCAUCGCCUGUUGGUGCGCGUCAGGGACCGAAUAUACGUUUUACUGUUGUCA